GCCCGCCCCGCACCGUGAUGUGGCCACAGGAGGGGCUUGCUGGGCUCCAGCUCCUGUCUCUCCCCGGAGGGCUUUAGAACGGCCACUCUUACACUUGUCAUGGAAUUAAAGAAAACUACCUCCAGGUCGUACAAUGCUGCUCUCCUGCUGCCACUUUUCCUCUUGUUUUGGGGAACUUCAUACUCUGAAAAUGACAGUGGCUGUUCCUCGUCCCCGUGUGAGAACGGGGGGAGCUGUAAGGAUUUGGAAGUGGGUUACCAGUGCAUCUGCCCUGUGGAGCCUGUAGCCUACAUGGGCAUAAAUUGUGAACUCCUCUACGAUGCUUGCAUUGAACAUGAGUGUCCUGCCCACAUGACCUGCACCCCGACUCCAGGACUCCUGGAAUACGAAUGCGUGUGUUCAGCUGGCUCUGCAGGCACUGCCUGUGCCGGUGUGGAGGAGUGUGAGAGCAGCCCUUGCACAGAGCGGUUUGAAUGUGUCGAGACACCAACAGGAUACACCUGCAGAUGCCAGCUGGGCCCGGGUGGGGAAGGCUGCCGGGCAGAAAGCUCCGUGUGCUCCAGCCAGCCCUGCCUCAACAACGGCACGUGUGUGGAGGCUGCGGGCGGCUACCGCUGCCUCUGCCGGCCCGGCUUCAGCGGGGCCACGUGCGGGGACGACAUCGACGAGUGCGCGUCGGGGCCGUGCCGGAACGGGGCCAUCUGCAGGGACAGCGCGGGCGAGUACAGCUGCUUCUGUGUGCCCGGCUUCCAGGGCUCCAACUGCGAGAUCGACAUCGACGAGUGCGCGUCCCGGCCCUGCCGCAACAACGGCACCUGCCUCAACCACAUGGACCACUAUGAGUGCCACUGUGUGCCCGGAUACACAGGUGUGAACUGUGAUACUGAAAUAGAUGAAUGUGCUUCAGACCCUUGCCAGAAUGGGGCUCUGUGCAAUGAUCACGUUGGGUUCUACACCUGCACCUGUGUACCAGGUUAUCAAGGAGCCCAGUGCGAGGUGGACAUCAAUGAAUGUGAGAGCCAGCCAUGCCAGAGCAAUGGGACAUGUCAUGACCUCAUUAACAGCUACCGUUGUGACUGCAGUGACACUGGCUUCGAGGGGACCCACUGUGAGCUGGACAUCCUGGAGUGUGCCUCUGACCCCUGCCACAACAAUGCCACGUGCCUGGAGGGAAUCAAGGGCUACAGCUGUGCCUGCUGGCCAGGUUACACCGGGCAGGACUGUGAGGAGGAUGUGGAUGAGUGUGUGACAGAGCCCUGUCACAACGGGGGCCUGUGCCUGGAGCGCUCCAACCCAGCCCACUACGGGACACAGCCCCACUUCCCCAGCAACUUCAGCUACAGCCAAGCAGCCGGGUUCCUGUGCCAGUGCCAGCCAGGCUUCACAGGGGACACCUGCUUUACCAACAUUGAUGAGUGUGAGUCACAGCCCUGCCAGAACGGAGGGCUCUGCCAGGACCUGGUCAAUGGCUUCCUCUGUCACUGCCUGCCUGGUUAUUCAGGUGUGGAAUGUGCUGUUAACAUCAAUGAAUGUGAGGAGGGUCCCUGCAAGAACGGAGCUGUCUGUGAGGAUGGCAUUGCUGACUAUUCCUGCCACUGUGCCCCUGGCCAGGAUGGCAUUACGUGGGGAGGGAAGAACUGCUCUGUCCAGCUCACUGGGUGCCAGACCCACGACUGCCAAAACGAGGCCUUGUGCAUCCCAACCUACCAAGCUGAGAGCCACGGCCACCUGUGCCAGUGCCAGCCUGGCUUCUAUGAUGCCACGUGCUCGACACCAACAACGUUUUCCUUUGCUUCCAGAGGGCUCCUCUUCAUUGAGUUGCCCAAGAGCAGUGAGGGCGGGAGGGGCGCAGGAGGAGCCAGCGUGUCCCUCCGCUUCCGAACCACUUUGCCCAGUGCUGUCCUUUUCUACCGAGGCCAUGGAGCUGAGUACUUGUUCCUGGAGCUCUUGGAUGGCAUCCUGCACGCACAGCUGAAGAGGGAGGGUGUUGGGUACCCGCUGCUCCUGGAGGGGCUGAGAGUGGACGAUGGCCAGUGGCACAAGGUGGAAGUUGUUGUGCACAGCACGGUGCAGCUGAAGCUCUGGCAUGGCUCUUGUGAGGCCGGGGUCUGCCUGCAGAGCUCUCCUGUCCCACCGGGCACUGCUUUGAUCCCACAAACCUUCCUGCAUCUGUAUAUUGGAGGUGUAGAUGAUCCAAUGGCCAACAACACACGGAGCCAGCAAGGCUUUGUGGGCUGCCUGGAAGACCUGCAGGUGGAUGCUGAGGCCGUGCUGCCGGCGGAUCUGCCGCUGGCGGAGUCGCCCGUGGCGAGGCCGGGCUGUGAGCGCACGGAGUGGUGCCUCUCCCAGCCCUGCCUGCACGGAGGGCUCUGCGUGGACCUUUGGGCCUCCUUCACGUGUGACUGUCCCAGGCCCUAUGGAGGCCCAGCUUGCUCGUAUGAGCACCCAGCAGCAACAUUUGGCCUAGAGAAUUCCACCAGCUUUGCCUCUUUUACCCUUUCUGACAGCCUUGGUGCAGACUUCAACCUCUCCUUUUUCCUGCGGAGCCGGAAGCCCGAUGGUUUGUUAGUGCAGGUGUGCAAUGGGACAGGCCCCUGCCUCACCCUGUACCUGAGGGACAGCCAGCUGAGCAUAGAGACCUCACCUACGGACACCCUGACCUUUCCAGGGAAUGUGGCUGAUGGGAGAAGACAUUUGGUAGCCCUGUCUUUCCAGGGAGGCUCUGUUGGGGCUCUGCAGUCAGACACAUUUGUGGAGCUGGGGCAGCUGCCAGCACAAGCCCUGGGAGCUGGCUCUGAGAUGUUCAUUGGGGGACACCCAGACCCCGCCAGUGCUGAGCUCUGGGGGGGCCAUUUCAAGGGCUGCCUGCAGGACAUCCAACUCAACAGCCAGCAGAUAGAGUUUUUCCAGGUGGAGAACAACAGUUUGCCAGGGGAACUCAAUAGGACUCAAACUGGAAAUCUUGUGAAUGGCUGCAUGUCUGAUGACACCUGCAAGUCUGAGCCAUGUCAGAAUGGUGGCAGAUGCAUUGUCACUUGGAAUGAUUUCCAUUGCAGCUGUCCAGCAAAUUUCACUGGGAAAUUUUGUGAAGAGAAAAUCUGGUGUGAAAGUGACCCAUGUCCUGAAGCCACCACCUGUGUGGAUGUUGUGGCAGGAUAUGUGUGUCUGGCAAAUGCAACAUUUAAUAGUUAUGGUGCCAUGGAAUUUACCACCAACACAUCAGUGACCAGAACUCUGAGCAGCCUCCACCUGGACUUCAGAACUAGAGAUGAAGAUGCUGUUUUGCUUCGGGCUGUGGAAGAGGUGGAUUCCCUCCAGGUAGCCAUUAAGAAUUCCUCCCUGCUUGUCGACAUCAGGAGUGGGAACAGCAUCGAGGGUGUCAGCUUCCUGAGCCCGCAGCCCGUCACGGACGGGGCGUGGCACAGCGUGUCCGUGUCCAUGGAGGAGCCGGCCGCGCUCUCUUCCCGCUGGCUGCUGCGCUUGGACGGGGUGAACGCGACUCCGCAGGGCAACGCCGGCAGCCUGGACUUCCUCAAGAACGACGCCUUGGUCGUUCUGGCCGAGAAUUUCACCGGCUGCCUGGGCCGGGUGCAGAUCGGGGGCAUCUUCCUGCCCUUCGCGGCCCACGGGCCGUACCCGCAGCCCGAGCAGUUCCAGCGGGCCGGCCCGGGCAGUGCCCGGCUCGGCUGCUCCGGGGCCGACGUGUGCGCCUCCAGCCCCUGCCUCAACGGCGGCACCUGCGAGGACGAGUUCAACUCCUUCCGCUGCGGCUGCAGCGCGGGCUGGGCGGGCCAGCGCUGCGAGGCCAACAUCGACGACUGCCAGCCCAGCCCCUGUGUGCACGGGGACUGCGUGGAUGCCGUGGCUGACUUCCAGUGCGAGUGCUUCCGGGGCUUCAUCGGCAAGAGGUGCGACAUCAACGUGGACGACUGCGUGCGGCACCAGUGCCUGAACGGAGCCACGUGCGUGGAUGGAGUUUAUGGAUACUCCUGCAAGUGCCCCCCGCAGUACUCCGGGCCUCGCUGCGAGUGGCCGUUCCCCCCUCAGCAGUGUGGCAAGAACUUCACCUGUCUGAACGGUGGCAGGUGCAUCACUGAGAGCUGGGGAGCCAACUGCUCCUGCAGGCCUGGCUUCACUGGAAGGAACUGUCAAAUCAACAUAAACGAGUGUGACCCGAACCCGUGCCAGAACGGGGGCACGUGCCAGGACUCUGAGAACAGAUACGAGUGCGUGUGCAGCGCCAGCUACACCGGCGAGCGCUGCGACAUCAACAAAGGGACUGCAGGUGCUCUCUUCCCCUCCCCACUAAUUGAAGUAGCUGUCCCUGUAGCCUGUGGCUCAGUGCUGCUCCUCAGUAUUGGGCUCAUAUUCAUGGUGCUCACGGCAAGGAAGAGGCGCCAGUCCGAGGGGACCUACAGCCCGAGCCAGCAGGAGGUGGCAGGAGCUCGGCUGGAGAUGGACAGUGUCCUAAAGGUGCCACCUGAAGAGCGCCUGAUCUAGGCCCUGCCGUGCCCAGA